AUGUUUCAUCACAGUAACGAAUCAUUUUUCCAUAUCCAACUUGACUUAUUAGAACCAUACUUUACUUCCAAAUAUGAGCCGCAAAAGACUUUUCCUCUCUCAUUUAUUGUAUUAUUAUUGUUUCCUAUUAUAGAGACUGAAAGAUUUUCUUUCAUUUUAAAUGAAUGGUUUAGAAAUGAGAACUUAUUUGGACAUGAGAAAAGUCCAAUUACACAAGAUAUUGAUUAUCGGUUGGUUAUUCACCGAAUAUCCACUUUUAAUUUAUUAUGUUUGGUCAGUCAAUCAAUGAAAGAAAUUAAAUAUCCAAUUAACCAAAUAUUCACUGAAUAUUCGGAUAUUUUUCAUUUGGGCGCAACCUCUAGAUCCUUUAUUCCUUUGACCGAACAACAAGGAUUUAUCCUUUCAGAUAUGCUGAUUCUAAAAGAUGUUGUUUAUGCAAAACACAGUUUCAGACAAGAUAAUAA